CUUUUAACUUUCUCUCCUACAGUCUGUAAAAUAGCAAGACAACAGCCAGGAAAUUUGAAAAGUGCUGGACAUGACUGUAGUGAAAAGGGACGCCCGCUGUGUGCCGAUGAUGACUGGGGCAUGAUGUGUCCCUCAGGAUGCAGAUUGGAAGGACUGAUCAAUAGAGAAGCCAAAAACUUUCUGGACAAAGUUAAUGCCAUGUGUCAUCUGAUGGAGAGAAUCAGACAAAAAGCCACCGACCUGACCAAAGAUUCUCAACAAAGUUACGCUGCGGCCAGAAAAUAUGUUGUGCAAAACUAUGUAACCAAUACGAAAUAUUUUGAAAUGGCUGAAGAACUGCAGUCAAGACUAACAUCUCUGAAGCAACGAGCUGCCAACCUGGCUACCAAGCUCAGAGCUCAGCAUGGCAUCAUUCGAGAACAAGUGCAACUGAUGCUACAGAUAGAGGUGGACCUUGACAUAAAAAUGCGGUCAUGUCAGGGGUCCUGUGAACGAGCUGCGACGUACAGCAUCAACAUGGCCACAUAUGAAGUUCUGGAGCAGCAACUGCUACAGGUGGAUAAACUGUCUGAGACCAACAAGAAAUCUGAGAGCACACCAGUGACCCUCCAGAGAAGAACCGAGCAGUCUUUACCCACAUCCUAUAAAACUUUGGCCAGCAGAAGACCAGACGGUGUGGUUUACUUUGAAGAUGUUGAAUUGCUGUCCUUGUUUCUGGAGAAGGAAAAAAGUAAUUAAAUGCCUUGGUGUCCAUGUCCACACUAAAGUUCAGGGCAAAGAGCAGAUAUAAAAAAUAUUGUAAUGAAAGGAUGAGUUUUAAAAAUGUAUUGUAAUUCUGGCAUGUUUCAGACAAGUGUCUAUAUCAGUAAGUGUUUCAUUCCAGUAUGCAUCAUCUAAGCAGUAUGUCAUGUAGACAUUUUUCAAAUGGACAUUACUAAGUCGUGUGUGUAUGUAAAGUGUCAUUGAGCCAAAUGCUGUUCGAAUGUGCAUAUCCAACAGCAUGGAGGCGCUAUGAGACAUUGAGAGCCACCAUAUUAAACAGAAAAGAAUAUCUUUUAACUUUAAAACAAUAGCAUGCAGGUGAUCCAGUUUCAUUGCAGAGGUAGGCUUCUUCUUUAUUUUUAUUUUAUUUGUUAAGUCUAACUGGAUUUGGGUGAACCCAUACCACACUCCUUAUGUAUAUUUAAAGUCAUUUUGCAUUUGAUAGUUUAAUAAUUGGGGGAUAUGCUCAAGUCAUCCCUUUAACUGAUCUGUAGUCCUUCCCUCUCUCUUUCUCUCAAUUGUGAUUAUU